AUGAAUUUCUUAUCGUUUAACGUUCGUGGGAUUGGGGGUAUGGAAAAACAAAGAUGGGUAAAGAAUUUGAAAUCCAAGCACGGGAUCUCUUUUAUGGCCAUUCAAGAGACGAAAGUUUCCUCGGUGAGUUCGGAUGCGGUUGCGGGGUUCUGGGGCAACAGAUCAUUUGGCUUCGAAAGUGUUGAUUCUGUUGGGUUAUCCGGGGGGUUACUUUGCAUAUGGGAUUUGUCAGUAUUUCGGCUGUCUAGUGUGGUCAAAAACAGGAACUUUCUCCAGAUCACUGGUCAGCUGACAGGCAGUGGUUUGUUGCUGAGCUUCAUUAAUGUGUACGCUCCUCAAAGUGUAGUGGCCAAAAAAUCUUUGUGGGAUGAGCUUUCUCAGGUUAUAUCGGCUUGGGAUGGUUUGUGUGUUAUGACGGGCGAUUUUAAUGCGGUUAGGUUUCGGGAGGAGAGAAAGAAUUGUUCGUUUAAAUCGACAUGUGCGUCCAACUUUAACAACUUCAUUUUUGAUGCGGGGCUUUUUGAGUACAAUAUGAGAGGCAGUAAGUUCACGUUCUCGUCGCCGGACGGGAGGAAGCAAAGCAAAUUAGAUAGAUUCCUCGUUAAUUCAGGAUUCUUCAGCUCCUGGCCUGAAGCGAGUGUGGUUGCGGAGUCGUCGUUUCUUUCUGAUCACUGUCCGAUCAUUUUGAAGACUGAGUUAACUAAUUUCGGGCCUAAGCCUUUCCGGCUUUUCGAUUCUUGGUAUGAUUUAUCGGGUUUUAGGGAGGUGGUGGCUUCGGCUUUGAUGAAGGACCCCGGGGUCUCUGGCCCUCCGGAUAUUCGCUUCAUGAGAAAAUUGGGCAUUCUUAGAGCGGAUGUUGAAAAAGAGCUCGGAAGCAGUGUCUGUGGCCUUGGCGGACCUCGAGGAUAUUCAGGAGAUCUUGUUGGGCAGGAAUCUUACCGAAGAAGAGGAGUGGAUCCUUAUAGAAAGUAA